GCUUGGCCGCAACUUUAUCAACCAGCUGAAGGAUUCAGAGUUCUUAAAGUUUUGGACGGGGAAGCGUUUGGGUCCUUCCUGGCAGCAUGAACUGACACAAGCACAGCAAGCUACUGAGAAAUAUUUUGAUUUGCGGUUUUGCAAAACUUUGAGCGACGUCGUUUACCAUCUUUAUGGCCAGAUGGAACAAGGACCAGAAGUUGUCAAAAUUGCCGAGUGGAUUUUGCGUGAAGCUUCGAAGUGCAAGACUCCACUGUUUGUCCAUUUCGAUGAGGUCGGGGCCCUUGGAGACAAUGUCAAGUAUUUGCGUGGUGCUGUGCAGAAGACUUGGCAUCUCAUGCUUCAGCAUGAAGGCGAAAUGCCUCGGGUCUAUUUCUAUUUGAGUGGCAAGAGUGUCCCAUUGACUGCGAUUGGUGGACCUGACUCUGGAGUUGGAACGAAAUGGAUCAUUUUGGAUUUGCUGCAGGUUCUGAAGCCACUUUCACCGCGAUUGCUCUUCGUGGAACGCACUGAGAAACACAUCGAGUACAUCAUUGAGACAUCGACGCGAGGCACUUCGCCUCUGCUCUCGCCUCGCCUGGCCCGGCUACCGCAGCUGCCACAGGUUUUGCAGCUAUGGACAGGAGGCAGUCCGCGACUCUUGGUCUACACUUUGCGAGCUCUGCACCAUUUGCUUCAAUGCCAAAAAGGCGAAGACGCUGAACACUUGGAUGCAGAGAAGACUGAGAAGAUCAUGGAAAAAGUCUACCAAAUCCUGGCCCGGGAAGUGCCGCAAGUGGCAAGCGAGGUAUUUCUGGCAAGCAGAGAUGAGGCUGAGUGGCGCCAGACAUGGCUGUACUUGAUCCUGUUGGCCCAGCUCCGUGUACCUUGCAACCGUGAGAUGAAACUCCCAGUGGGGUCUCAUGAACACUCGCUGGACCUAUUGCUGGGCGACACUGCUGGAAUCAGUGCCGAAGACGUUCUGGAGCAGUUGGUGGAGCAACGAAUUAUUGUGCAAGCCUGCAUGUGCCCAGGGCAGCGUUGGGGCGACAUGAUGAAGCCGCUGCUCCAUGGAACCCACGCAGAGACCCUUGCGGUCGUCCUGGACCAGGGAUGUCCCCUCGCCACCUUUCCAAAGAUCACCUCGGUAACGACAGAACGAGAGAAUAUCUGUCUUCCACUCCCCACAAACUUGCACCCGAACAAUCUUGCAGCUGCUAUGCAACUGCUAAGCAGCAACAGACUGUACAGACCAGCGCCCAAAUCGAACAGUGCCGACCUGUUUAUCAAGCAGUCGAACCUCAUCAUAGAGCUGCAAGACAAGAGCGGAGUGUCAGCUGGGGUCUCCUUCAUUGACGCUUGUCAGGAGGUGGACAAAUGCAUUCAGGAGGGGCCUGUGCUAUGGGUGCUAGUUGCACUUAAGCUGACGGAUUCGCUACUUCGCUGUGUCGGGACGGAGAAAGCCCUGUUGCUCACGCCUGGUGUCUACCAAGAGGAAAACUCUGCUGAGGGUGGGCUGCUGUACCGUCCCGCUGGGAAGAGUAAAAAGUGGCAAAAACGCAUAUUGCAUGGAACAUGGUCCGAUCUUGGCUCAGCAAGAGUGGAGGCCAAGGACACCUGCCGACUGGAAGUGCGAGAAGGCUUGGAGCUGGUGAUCCCGCAUCCGGAGCACGUGCAGGCAUUCCUCGGAGACGACUUUGAGAUU